AUGCAGGACCUGGCCGAGCGCCCGCUGCCCGCCGGCGGCGACGCGCCGGCGGCGGCGGCGCAGCAGCAGCGGCCGCCGGCGAAGCAGCAGCGGCUGCCGCCGGGCGCCGCGCCGCGCGGGCUGUUUGAGGCGCUGCACCUCGGCCUCUUCGCGUCGCUGGCGAUGCAGGGCGCGUGGCUGGCGCUGGGGCGGCUGGACGGGCUGCCCAUCAACUCGGCAGACCCGGUUUGGGCGCUGCAGUACUGGUCUGUCAUGAUCGGCGCGGCCUACCUGGUCUCGGUCGUGCGGGUCCUGGACUGGGAGGCGGUCUGGGGGCUGGCCAUCAACGCACUGGGCUGGGCGGGGGGCGUGCUGUCGUUCGUCCUGAGCCUCACCUUCAUGGACUUUGACUGGCUGAGCGACGCGCGCCGCUGA